AUGGCACAGGCGUGUCAAGGUCGGGGGCGAAGAAGGCGAGCGGACGAGGAUGCUGCUGGUGCUGCUAUGCGUUCCGCGUUAGCUUCAGAUACGCAGCGUGGUGCGGUGCGGGAUCGCAAUGUGCACCUCUGGUCGGAGAAUAAACGUACGUGUGGGUGGGAAUGGAGUGCAAGGGAAGCGGACAGCGUCGUUGAUGAGCGCACGAGAAGGGAGGUCGGUUCCCAGCGCGCACAGCGAGGGCUCUCGUGGGGCCACUCGCACAGGGACGUCAGGAUAUGGCUCGAAGCGGAAGGGGCUGCAGGCGUUCGCGGAGCGGGCAGCACGAGUCGCAGCGACGGCGGCGACGAUGUCUGGGACGGGAGCCAGGUCUCCGGGAGCGUUGGGGAGGGGUGGGCAGCGGUCGUGGUGUGCGUGUGGGUGGGUGGGCGAGUCGCGACGGCAGAGAGGGAGUGGGCGAGCGUAACACUGGCGCGGGCGGCCGGUCAGUCAGUCAACGGGCGGUCCAGACAGACAGACAGGGCAGCGCGCUGGUGGAGAUAUUGGAGUGAGGUACGGGCGGAGAGGUACGGCGGACUGCAGACAGACUGCAGCAGCUGGAGAGAGUGGACAGUCGAGUCGCUCGGGAGUGCCACGCGCCGCCGAGUCGAGUGUCGAGUGGUGGAGGCACGUGUGCGGUCGGUGUCGCUGGCAAACUCAACCGUCAACCUUGGAGCACGCAGCGCAGCACGCAGAACUCAGAAGCAGCGACAACCCGGCUUCGGGCGCAACGAGCGACUGAGUUCGCACGUCGAUGAUCGCACGCUGCUCGCGUUGUGCCGGGCCAGUCUCUGUCGACCAGUGCCUUGCAUGAGUUUGGAGCCGUCCCCCGAUCUGUGUCUCGGUGCGACCCUGCCUGCCUGCCUGCCCGCUGCUGUCAAGCCAGACGGCAGUGUGUCACUUGCGAGGAGACGCCGCGCCGUGCGAUGGAUGAUAUGGGGCGACGGAGGGGUGGGUGGUUGUCAAUGGGUGGUGGUGGUGACGACGGGGGAGGAACGACAGAGCAAUGCCACGAGCAUCCUCGCAGCGGCUCCGUCCACUACAUACGACUACUACCACGCCGCCGCCGCAGCUUGGACGUCGGCGUGGGAUUGCAGGUUUGGGGGCGGCAUCUCCAAUCGCAAGCACUGA